CCAAAGUGAGGCCAUCCAAUACGGGAUAAAAUUAGGCCAGGCAGUCUGUAUAUUGCUGACUGAGCAGUUUGGCCAAAAAAAGCCUGUGGCGGUGCAAAGCCAACCAUAAGGAAAGCGAGGGACACAAGCAGGACACCUCGGCAGUAAUGGCCAGCAAACUGAUGGACCUGGUCUACUGGAAGAGCAUCAGUACAACUGGUGUGGUGUUCACAGGCAUGGUGGUGUGUCUGACCACUCUGUUCCAGCUCAGUGCCAUCACUGUGCUUGCUCACAUCUUUAUGGGUGUCAUGUGUGUCACCUUCCCCCUUCGCCUGUACUAUAAGCUGCUGGAGUUACUGCGAUGCAACCCCGGACUCCACCCUUUCCAGGCCUACCUGGACCACGACAGCUCUCUGACAAACAAGGACACAGUAAUGUUGGUAGAAGAGGUGGUGCUGCUGAUUGCGUUUGCCGUCACAGAGCUCAAACGUCUUAUUUUUAUAGACAACGUGUUCGACUCGCUCAAGUUUGUUUUACUGCUGUACAUGCUGGCCUACGUUGGCGUCUUCACAACAGGACUGACUCUGAUCAUAACUGCUGUGAUUGCUGUUUUUUCCUUCCCUCUUCUCUACAAAAAACAGCAGGUGAGGAUAAGAAGGAUUGUAAGAACUUACAAAUCUUUUGAGAAGAAAAUCAGAAACUGGUGUCUCAGUGUGUACGAGGCAGUGAGAUCCUCUCGUUCAGCAGCUGCUGCCUCGAAAGCUCCAGCUGUACCUGCCCCCAGACAGAAAGUGAAAGCCAAGUAAAGACAUCAUCCAGAGCGUUUACAUUGGUCAAAACGAUGACAGUGGUGGCGCGUCUUCAGUGGGGCCGCUCACUUCUGUUAGUCCACCAUGACGUUGGGUUAGGAGCUGCAAUCUAAUCAAUGCUGACAGCUGAAAACAAAGCUGCUAUUCAUUACUGGAGAAGUGGGAGGGGAGGAAAUGUAUUCACCAAGAUACUUUCUGUGUGUGUGUGUAUAUGUGUGUGCGUGUGUGUGUGUGCAUGCGUGCAUGUGUGCUUGUGCGUGUGUGGGCAAACUGCUUCACACAUCCACUUCAAUCAGGGACAGUACACACAAGAAAUUGUUUUUGUUGUUUGUCUGUGCAGGCAACAGGUCUAUUUUUACAUUAACACGAGCUCCGUGUUCCUGUCGGGUAACAAAAUAAAGCUCCUUGCCCACCAGCAUCAUUAGAAUAAAACUGAUAUGACCAUCCCCUAA